CUUACCGAUGGCGCCCUCACCCGUCUGAUAACUUCGCGCCAAGUUUUUGUAAUCAGGUGGAGAUAACCUCAAUGUUUUCUGACAACAAUGCGCUCCGAUCAGUGAUUUGUUGUAACAAAAAAGGGUUUGAGGACGAAAAAAACUCAGAAUGCAGGUGGAAACGUUAGGAGACUUACCCUAUUGCAAGGGUCUCUGGCUGGUAAUCUCCGGUACCACCAGUCGCUGCGAGAAGGCCCUUGUAGAUGACGAAAUAAAGAACGCCACCGAGCUUCUGAAAAAUGGCCUCAACUACUUCAAAAAAUUCACCGAGUCUUCCCUUCAAAAUUACAACAAAACAAAUCCUCGUCCAAAGAUGUAUGAUCUUAUCUCCAAGCUAUCGUACCUGCUGAACCUCGACGCCACGAUCGCCUCAGAAUUGACCCUCAACUACAUGGUGUACGAAUACCGCAGUUGUGCUGAAACAUUUGCUACCCAGCUUGCUGAUUUAACAUCCCUGAAAGUUCUCAUUGAAGAGUUGUGGAAUUUUUACUACUCGGAACGCAUAACUAUGAUAAAAUGUCUAAAACUGAUGGUAGAGUACCGAGACAAUCCCAACCAUCCUUAUCAAAAAGAAUUCGCCAAAUUCUUCGAGGAAAAUCCCUUGAAAAUUUUUCUUGAAUCCAUUCUGGAGCAAAUAGAGCGCCUAAAAUUCACGAAUAUAACUUCAAGAUCUCACUUAAUCACCGAAGAACACCUCCACAAACUAUACACUAGUAAUCUGAUAGAAAUGAGAGAACUCCUCCAGAUAUCAACGAUGAUCUUAGACACCAUUCGACCAGAGACUUUCGAGAGCCUGUACUCCAGCAUCUGUGGAGAGCCACGACGGCUCCUCAGUUCCAAAAGCCACGAAGACAAGGAAAUGAUUUCCAAACGGCUAGAAGAAAUUCGAAAAUGUCAGUCGGCUCUUUACAUUGUUAUUUUGGACAUAAAAAAACACUCUGAACUCGUUGACGACACAAGCAUCGUUGAAAGCUGGCUGAAAGAUGUGAGGAGGAGUAUGCAGGAUACAUUCGAGCACAAAUGCCUCCGGGAAAGUUCUCCAGAAGACGGCCCAUUACUUCUCUCUUGGAUGCUAGCAAACUACGCCAUCGAGCCGGAAAAUUCAGAGACACUGAACGUGUUCCGACCAUUUGGGGUCCGUGCAGUUCACCUAGAUGUUUUUAGGUAUCUCCAGGGUUUAAUUGAUGCUGAGAUGAUUAAGGAAGAAACUCGAUAUGCUCAAAUUGUCCGGGGGAGUGUUUACAAUCUUCUAUCUCUGCUGUGUUCCUUCAUGGACGAAGAUAAAAUCAGUUCUUUUGACGGGAUUUUUGAGGCAGUUGCAUCAGUUUUGCGCUCGCCAGAGAUAGCCGCAGAUUUUUGGAGGGACAAGGAUGAAGAGGGAGGCCUUUGGCCCUUCUACCAUCGAGCUGAAUCCCUCUUUCCUUAUCGAUUCGAACCAUUGACGAUAAUUGCUACUGGUCUUGCUGCUGCAUCAUCACCCAGUGCUAAAAAAAUGACAGAAAAAUUGGAACAAUUAUCGACUCUCACUCUUCAAGUUCCCAGGCACCGCAACAGCAUCCUAUCGAUAACUUCACGAUCAGGGUUGAUUUAUCGUCCUUACGAAGGAGACUGCACUCUUCAUCGAAAUGAUUUCGAAAUCCCGGAGAAUUGCGAAAGAAUUAUUCUAGAUGGAGACCUCAGUGAGGCAGAGAUAAUUUUGUUUAAGAUAAAAGCCAGGUACGGAGAUGCUUUUCAUCAUAAAAUUGAGCAGCUGUUUGGACAUGCUGGUGGUGGAUUAAUGAAUGUGAGUGACCUUCAGAUGAGUUUACUGGAGAAUGUUGCCCAGGGAUUCCAAUUAUUGAACGCAAUUCUCUCAGCAGGCUUGGAUAUUCCUCCAGGGAUGGUCAUCCCCACUGAAUUAAGUCUGGAGAUCAUCAAUAGAUUCGCUUAUCCAGUCUUGCCACCAAACCUCUUCAAAAUUAUCGCCUCGUGCUUGCAAGUUACAGCCAGAUUGGUUUUGAAAUAUCCUGAGGAUAUUUUCUCCAGGAUGAGGGUUGGAGUUUAUCCAAAGUUCAAUACUGGAUUUCAGGAUGUCAUGGAGCUUGCAAAAGCCUCGUCAUUUGAUGGAGGACUGAUAGCCUCGUGGUUAUCGGGAAUUGAAACUAUUCAGCAUCAAUACCCAGUGUUGAAUGCUUACUUAGACACUCUAUCGAAUUAUCUAGUUGCUAAAUACAGUGUAGAAGUCAUGGACAACAUGGAGAUUCCAGGGAUGGUGUUUCUUCUCCAAGGAGUCCUGCCAAAAUUGGACUCCUGGUAUUUUACAUCAGAAUCCGAACGAAUUGAUCUGUGGUUCAAGUCCAUGUUCUGCAUUCAUCGAGUGCUAGAUGCUAAUCUAUCGAAGGAUGAACCGAGGAAAAAAUUGCAGUUGGUGGUUGCCUACAGUUUGUUGUAUCUAGAGCCCAGACAUGCAUUGUUGAAAUUGAUCAGAACUGGAGAGAGAAAUCUGAGAAAUAAAAUGAUGAACGAAACCGACUGGAUCAGUGGCAAGGGAUUCAAGAUCAUCAAGAGUGUGCAGCUGGCUCUCUCCUUGGUAAAUCGAUUGCUGAUGUUCCGGAAGAAUCUUGGAUUGAGCCACGAUGAACGAUCGCCAUUGGAGGUGGCACUCUACACAUCUCCAUCUCUGCCAAAUGCUCUUCUGAUUGUUCCAACGAUUGUCAACUAUCUUUACGUGGAAUUUAGUCCGGCGUUGCAGGCAAUGGCGGUGAGAUUACUCAAAAAGUUCGCCCAGGGAUUCUCGAUGUCUCUUUUAGUUUGUAUGGGAAUGGAUGGCACAGCUAUUAGAGGUACCUUUGCCUCGAGGUUGAUGUCUCCAACGUGUUCAGUGGAAGUUAAAGUGGCUAUUCUCGAGCUGGUUGCUGUUUGCCUAGAGAAACAACCUGGUUUGACAGAGGCUCUCUUCAAUAUCAUGCAUCAGGCUGAACAGAAAAGAAUUUUUCCUCGACCCGCUGAUCAAUUUCUGACAGAAGGAUGCAGCCAGUUUUUGGAUUUAUACUUGAAGAGGAUGCCCAAUGAGAAGGAAAUUGUCUGUGAUCGAUUGUACGAUAAUACGAUGAAUUUGUUAAGGGCAAUGUGGUACAAUAGAAAUGUGAUUUUGGUAAAUUUCUUCAGGAAACGAGAUAAAUUCUGGACACAAGUAUUUUCACCUCUAUUUAAUCCACUGAUUCGAGGAUCCAGAGGAUAUGCACAUCUCAUUGAUAUUGCGACAUUGGAGUUGUUUGAAUCCUUACCCACUUCAAGCCCUGAGGAUGAUUUCACGAAGAACUUGGAAAAACUUCUACAUAAAGACGAUCAUUGGGAACGCAUUAUUGAGUAUAUCUUAAUGAAUGAUUCAUCAUCGAGUUCUACAACUUCGCCUGCUGAUAGGGCAAAACCAGAGCCUGAGAACAGAAAGGUGGAAGCACCACUGUAUGGAGCAAACAUCGAAGCUUGGUACAACUUCAUCGUAACUCUAACAGAUGCGAAAAUCUCAAGUGAAUUAUUAUCGCGGGUUGAACCUAAACGCGUACAAUUCUUAAUGAAAAUGACGCUAAUCUCGUUGUCAUCGAGAAUCAAGAGAACUUCUGAUGUUGGGGAUGCCCGGAUAACCAUGUUACUAGCUUCCUUAGCCCUCAGGUGUGUCUACACUUGGAGGGAAAAGUGUAUUGAUGAUCCUGCAGUCUUCAUAGACAAGAUCGUUCAGUUGAUGGAGGACAUAUUCCAUUCUUACACUGCAUAUGGUGUCUCUUUACGGAGGAUUUUAAUUUCAUUACUUCUGGGAUGCAUUCAGCUUGUGAAAACAAAAUUAUCAGAUGACAGAUCAAGUUUAGAGUACCUGUUAGUCCACUCUUGCCUGUUGUCAAACUCUGAACUUCAUAAAUUAGGGGAAACAGUCAAGCAGAUCAAAGAAGCUAACCUCAAACCUGAGGAAAAAGACCAAGAUCCCCUAGAAGGGACAAAAACCUCGAGCCCUCGUAAUUCUCAUCAAGAAGUCAGUCCAGCGACGUUGGUCAUUAGCAUGGUGACGUACCUAUUGCGGUGUCAUCCUCAGAAGCAAUAUCCAAAGUAUGCAGGAAGGUCCAGUAGUCUUCAUCUUCGCCAAAUGAUUCCAGAACUGAUGAACUGUCUGCAUGAUACUCUACAGAUCCACAAAUUCGUGGGCUUCAGCAGAGUUGCAUUAGAAUUCUUAGGGACAAUCGCACGAUCUCCAUACUACAAUCCAUCGCCAAGGCCCAUCGACGAUGAGGAAUCGAUUGCAAAGCUCUGGCUGGCUUUGGUCCCUCCCCAGGCACUAGGAGGCAGCAUGUUGGAGUCUCUGUACGAUGACAGGGCAAACUUGGGGCAGUGGAGGUGUCAGGAUUGGUGGCAGAUUUAUACACUGGGUAUUGAGUUCCUGACAGGACUCGUCACCAAUGGAUGCAACGGUGAUCAGCCCAAUCUUCCUCCAACGAAUAUAAAUCCAAUAAUUCUGUUCCUCGGAUCCCACGAAUUUCAAUUAAUUGAAGUUGCCACCUUGUUGAGGCACACUGCCGACCCCCUAGCUAUCGACCUUGUUCAAUCUCUUGUGGCUUUGAUAUCUGCAUUGACAAUGCAAAAAUCAAUUUGGAGUGUGAUCCAACCGAGUGUUAGAGAAGGACUCAUGAAAUGCAUGUACUUGAUUUAUGAUUCAACAGUAAAUCUUCUACUUCGUCCUCGCAUCCUAAAGUUCAUCAUUGAUGGCGUGAGAGUGGAGAGUGCUGAAGAUCUUCAUUUCUGUGAUGAAAAACCCCCAAGUAAUGAAUUAAAAUUGCUGGUCAAUAAAUUGAUUGUCGUCAACUGGUGGUGUACCCAGUGUUUCUUGAGAUUUUCUCCGCGAUUGAACGCACUCGUGGAUACCAUUUACACACAAGAUUUCUGGGACACUCCUCUUGCUGAGAUGAAUUUCGGACCACCCCAGAUGUCAAUGAGUUCAGGCCCCAGUCUCACAUACGGCACCAUCAUCAGCUCGACUCAAUUAUUCAUACAAGCAUUGAACUCCCACUUAACAGUGGGAUCAUCCUCGAUUAUUCAGCAGGGAGUUUCCAGGGAUAGUAUUGAUUCAGCUAAACGAGAGUGGGAGCGAGCUACUCCCGAAAACGUCAGGAAGCUUCAGCCCACGGACCUGAAGAGAAUUCUCCAUCCUCAGUUGUCGGGGUACGUGUCAGGUCCUGAGGUGCUGGGGCACCCUAGGCUUUUACGAAGACCUUAUGACCCUCUCAUAGUGGAAAAUACGAUCCUGUCAAGAACAACGUCGUUCACGCAUCACAGUGGACGUCAUCAUUCAAAUAAAAAUGGUCAAAAUUCUGGACAGAUUGGGAAUAGUGGACAGUUAACGCCAUCAGGACGGAACGAUCGAGCUGAUACCAAUCCCUGGUUUUCCUCCAUGAAUGAAAAUAAUUCUCGAUUAGCACUGGAAGUUAACCUCGUUCUUGUACUGUGUCAAACACUGGAGGGGGUCAAGAGCCCGAGAUUAGCAUUGAGGGACCGUCAGUUGAUUGCGAGAGAAACUGCCAAUGAAAUUGGAGUUUUCUUCGAUUUCCUAGAGCAGAAGGCAUCAGGUCUGCACGAGUGGGAGAUCGAAGGGGCCCUUGUAGGCGUUGAACUUCACGAUUCGAUUGUGAGAUCUGUAAAGCCGCAGGCUAAUGGCGAACCAGGGUCUAUGACAGUGAGACUUAAGGAGGACUCGACCAUCAAUAAAGUACCUGUGGGUUCUAUCAAUCACGAUCCUCCAGAGGCCACCAGCCGAGAGGCCAUUUCAUUGAGACUGGAGAAUCGUCUUGAAGAAGAUUUCUUGACAAGUGGAACUUUUGUAAUUACAGCAACUAAAAUUCAAUUUCUGUCGUUGAUUGGAAAAUUAUUCAAAUCAAUGCUAGAAUCACUUGACUCUGCCCCGUACGGAUAAUAAAGUAUGUCGAUUGUCUUCGUAUUUUUCUAUAAAA